AACUGGUUUAGCACUUCGGUCACCGGGCAGGAAACGGCGGCCCUGCAAACGUUGAAAUAACGUUCACUCCACAUAGCUUACACGACACAGAGUUGGGGCCAGAACUCGGCGGCGACUGAUUUCAGGGUCACCCACCCCCGGCUGUGAAGGGACUGCCACGCCGCCACAUUCGUUCCGAAACCAAAAUUAUACCGACUUUAUUUUCACAGUUGCCUGUGGCCCCGUCCUACUUGAGCUUCCCAUUUCUUCUCAGCUCUCAACCUCUAAGGAUGCUCCCCGCCUCCCCUACACCACACUCCAUUAGGCCGCCGGCGGCCUUGUAAACUGCGACGACCGUUCCCAGAAACGGACGUGCACGAACCCUCAGAGACCACAGGUCCCAGCAUGCAAAGCUCCCUAUUAGUAAAAGGCUCACUAACUGAACCAUAAUGCAACGCUCUACGAGGGGGGCGGGGCUCUCUUUGGGGGGGCGGUCGACGUGUAGUAUCGCCUAGGCAACUCCAAUUGCAGGGCAAAAAACACAGCCGCUUCCGCUUCUGAGCCCUAGGACCGCGAGUCCACGCAACUUCGUCGCUGUGACGCCAUUCGUCUGCGACUGCGCGGGCCUGUGGGUUCCCUGCCGCGGCCUGUCUCCCGCGUGAAAAUCUAGAACUGUUGGUUCUCAUCUGCGGCCUCUGACCUGGGAGCAAAGGGAAAGCGGCGAGAUGACGGACCGCUACACCAUCCACAGUCAGCUGGAGCACCUGCAGUCCAAGUACAUCGGCACGGGUCACGCCGACACCACCAAGUGGGAAUGGCUGGUGAACCAGCACCGCGACUCCUACUGCUCCUACAUGGGCCACUUCGACCUUCUGAACUACUUUGCCAUUGCGGAGAAUGAGAGCAAAGCGCGAGUCCGCUUCAACUUGAUGGAGAAAAUGCUGCAGCCUUGCGGACCACCAGCCGACAAGCCGGAGGAGAACUGAGACCGCUGUGCGGGAGCAUCUCCUGAGUUCCUCCCUUUUUGCCGUCAUUCCCGCCUGUUCCUGUACCGAGUGGACCGAUUCUCCAUGGCUCCUAUUUCUUCGUGCUUUCCUAGUGCAGAAGUGCUUACCCGAGGGCGUCCCGCCUGACCCGCCGUCCUGUGGACCCUUUGGAACACAGCGCUGGGAUACCAUCAGGACCCCUGAGAACUGAGACGGUGGAGAGAUCCUGAAGCCAGCCAGAGAGGGGAGAAGGCACUGGAAUGAGACGGAAUAUGGAGGCUCGUUUUUGGCUAGUUGAUUGUUGUCGUUGCUUUUUCUAUAAAGUUUAGAAAUUUUUCAGUCA